GGUGAAAUUUGCGGAUGACACAGUCCUGUUCUCUCUGCUUUCCGCCUCUAACCCACACCAUGGCUCUGUACUUCAGGACUUCAUCUCCUGGUGUGAGGGAGCCGGUCUCCAGUUGAACUCUAAUAAGACCAAAGAGUUGAUUGUGACAUUCUCCAUCAAGCAGAGACAACUGGCAGAGGCUCACACGACCACCAUCCGGGGGGAGCCGGUGGAGCUGGUGGAGGAAUACAAGUAUUUGGGCACAAUAUUCAACAGUCUUCUGAGGUUUUCCUCCAACACUGAGGAGAUCCUCAAGAAGUGCCACCAGAGACAAUAUUUGCUGAGGAAGCUGAGAUCAUUUGGAGUGAAUAAAGACAUCCUCCUGACUUUCUACCACUCUUUCAUUGAGAGUGUAUUAACAUUUUCAUUCAUCUCAUGGUUUCACUCCAUCAGCCUACAAGACCGGUCAAGACUACUCACUAUCACCAAAGUCUGUUCCAAAAUCAUUGGACUCCCUGUUCGAGCUCUGUCUGCUUUUUGUGACGAGCAAACCAUCCGCACCGCCCACAGGAUCCUACAUGACCCCUCACACACACUACACUCAGUGUUGGAGUGGCUUCCAUCAGGAUGCAGGCUGCGCUGUCCACGCUGCAGGACACAAAGGAGGAGGUCCACCUUUGUUCCCACAGCGGUCCGACUCCUGAACACUGACCCUUCCCUGUCCCAACAUCAUUGUCCAGCCCCUCGUCAGACUGAAUGUACACAGAACUGACAGCUGUAGAGUAUUCUAAUUUGUGUUUUUAUGUUUUUAUGUUGUCUGAUGUUCGACUGCCCUAAUGCUGCUCUUGAUGCUCUUUUAAUUGCCCUGCGGGGACAAAGUGUUUUGAAUUGAAUUGAAUUGAAUUGAAUUGAACUGUCUGACUGUUUGCUGUAACUACAGUACUGAUGCUGAACUUUGUUUCAACUGUAAACACACACACAGUGCAAUGUCGUUCAAGGUCAAUAUUAAACACAUAAAUAUGACACAAUUAUUUAAUAAUAUCAUCCCUUUAAAGUCCACUAAAAGGUUGUUUGUCCUCAUGGAGGACAUCAGAGGAGAUGUGUCCUAUUGCUUAUCAGGAGGAGAGAAUUUGUGUGUGUGUCAGUGUCAAAGGCAGUGUUCUAUAUGCUGGUGAAAACUCCAUCUCAAACACUUCUACUCCAGAAAUAUCUGGCAACCUCAGAGGCUGAACUCCAUUCAGAUGAAAUUAAUAAUGUGAAUGUGGAGCUCAGAGCGUCCUCUCCAGCAGCUGCACCACCGACUCUGAACACCAGGAACUUUCCCACAGAAAUACUGACAUACCCUUUGAAUACGGCACUUUGUGUGUGUAAAAGGACAACUGUUAUAGUAAGAACACUCAGUGUCAGCUGUCCAUCGCUCGUGAUGAUGAAGCGCUUUGCACAGUAAAGUAACACAAACAAUGUGAUGCCUCCAUCAUGUCGUCUCUCUGGAUCUCCAGACCUGAUACUAAGUAGUGCACAAAAGUGCCACUGAUCUGACGGGGAUGGAAGUUGCCCCACAAUGACCACUGACUUGCCGAGUGAUGCCACCCAUUGGCCAUUUGAGUGGCUCUUCUGCGUACCAUCUGGUGGUGUGCCAUUGACCCAGUUGGGUUCAUCUGCUAUACUGCACCGAAAAGUGCCCUGCUGCCAGCGCCUUAUUGGUGAUGUACUAUUUAACCUGUAGCUGGAACCCAGGCAGGUGCUACCACUCCAGGUCAGAGCGGACCUGGGAGCAAUGGUAAUUAAGGGGUAACUCCACUUUCCCCCAAUGCUCAAGUCCUCCUGGACCUGAUGCUCACCACCAGUUGCAGUUUAAAGUCAUACCCAGGGCUACUAGUAAGAACACUGUGUAGUGAGGAACUGUGGUGUUUGGGAUACAGCUGUGGUGAUUAUUAGAUGAUGAGAGCAGCUGAAGAGCGAGAUACUUCUAACUGUCUCUCUGAUAUCAGGUCCAAUCAGGAGAUUCAGACGUAUGCUAUUGCCCUGAUCAACGCCUUGUUCCUUAAAGCACCAGAGGAUAGACGCCAGGAAAUGGCCAGCACUUUGAUACAGAAGCAUUUGCGCUCCAUCAUCCUCAAUCACGUAAUUCGGGGGAAUCGGCCGAUUAAAGCUGAGAUGGCCCACCAGCUGUACGUGCUGCAGGUUCUGACCUUUAACCUUUUGGAGGAGCGAAUGAUGACCAAAAUGGACCCAAAUGAUCAGGCUCAGAGAGACGCCCUGUUUGAGUUGCGCAGGUUGGCGUUUGAUGGUGAGAGUGACCCGACAGGCACUGAGAAGAGAAAAGCUCUUUACACUAAAGACUACAAACUGCUCGGCUUUACUAACGGUGUAAACCCUGCACUGGAUUUCACUCAGACUCCUCCAGGACUGCUGGCUCUCGAUAACAUGCUCUAUCUCGCUAAAGUCCACCCUGAUACCUACACACGGAUCGUUCUGGAGAACAGCAGUCGUGAGGAUAAACACGAGUGCCCAUUUGGUCGGUGUGUGAUUGAGUUGACGAGAAUGUUGUGUGAAAUACUGCAGGUUGGAGAACUACCAAACGAGGGCUGUAAUGAUUAUCACCCGAUGUUCUUCACUCAUGAUCGAGCGUGGGAGGAGUUUUUCUGUGUCUGCAUCCAACUGCUGAAUAAAACGUGGAAGGAGAUGAGAGCCACAACCGAGGACUUCAACAAGGUGAUGCAGGUGGUCCGGGAGCAGAUUGUGCGUGUGUUGGCGAUGAAGCCGCUGACUCUGGAUCAGCUGAAGGUGAAGCUGUACAGUUUGAGCUACUCAGAGAUCCUGAGACUGAGACACUCUGAGAGGGUGAACCAGGACGACUUCCACUCUGCACCCAUCAUUGAGCUGCGUGAAAGGAUUCAGCCGGAGAUUUUGGAGCUGAUUAAACAGCAGAGGCUGAACCGGCUGUGUGAGGGAAGCUGCUUCAGGAAACUCGCACACCGACGCAGACAAGAGAAGUUUUGGUUUUGUCGUUUAUCUCUGAACCAUAAAAUUCUACAUUACGGAGAUCUGGACGAGUCUCCGCAGGGGGAAGUGCCUUUUGAAAUGCUCACUGAUAAGAUUCCAGUGUGUGACAUUAAAUCAGUGGUGACGGGAAAAGACUGUCCACACAUGAAGGAGAAAAGUGCACUCAAACAGAACAAGGAUGUUUUAGAGUUAGCCUUCUCCAUUCUGUAUGAUCCUGAUGAGGCUCUGAACUUCGUGGCUCCAAGUAAAUACGAGUACUGUAUAUGGAUGGACGGACUCAGUGUGUUAAUGGGGAAGGAGAUGUGCAGUGAUUUGACCCGCAGUGACCUCGAUACUCUCAUUAGCAUGGAGAUGAAGCUCCGCCUCCUGGACCUGGAGAAUAUUAGCAUACCUGAGGCUCCACCCCCUAUUCCCAAAGAGCCCAGCACCUACAACUUCACCUACAACUACGGCUGAGUGUGUGUGUGUGUUUGUGCAUCAUGGCCUUUUAUUAGCUGGUAUAAAAGUCUUGUUUUCGCGCUGCUGCUUUUUCUGAUCAAAUUUUUAUGUUAGCAUCACCUGCAUAAGAAUAUUAUGGGAUGUUUCCGGUGUUUGGUUUUUCUGUAUUGGCUUUUCAUUGGCUGAUUGUCAGUUUUAUACUUUUUACUGCAAUAUUUAACACACACACACACACACACACACACACACACACACACACACACACCAUAAUGAAAAUGUAAAAGUGUCCCAUUCCUGAGUAGGGUGCCUAGAUCGACAACAUUUUUUAGGAACCAUCUUCUAAGGGCCCUUAUUUUUGAGACAACAAUCCCAUAAUUCUUUUCACCUGAACAGAGUGAAUAUGAGGGUUUGUUAUAAAUGUCUCAUAAAUUACAGGACUGAAUAAUAAAACUAUAGAAAUAUAAAUGAAAUAUAAAAAAAUUCUCCCAGGCCAAGAUCACGAGAUGGAAAUGUAAAUCUUCUCCAGCACUGAUGUUCUUUACAAAUUAUUUAAAACAUGUUAUGUUUCAGUCUAAUCUGUCAAUAUGAACAAUAGUAAAUCAGAUUAAAGUGAUUAAAACAAAAGUGAAUCAGAUUUAAAAUGACAAAGAUUGUGUCUUUAUAUCAGCUAUAACUUUGGCUAAUAAAAUAAUAUAAUAAUAAAUGUAAAAAAAAUCAGUAUGUUGUGUAAAACAACAAAAUGGAAUUAAUAUUAGAUGUUGAUAUAAAUUGAUGUUUGUUUAUUUAAUGAUUUCUACAUUGCAGUAAUUAGUUUUCGUGAUUAUUCUACAGUAACAUAAAAGCUGCAGUAUUAGCUCUGCCCACCAGGGGGCGUGGCCCACAGCCUGAAACCACUGCUGUAGAGGCUCAAGAUUCAGAUUAGAGAUUUAUAUAUUUUUGUAAAUAAUGUGAUGUCUGUGGGAAAAGGAAAGAAGUUUACUAAUAAACUAAUCAAAUGUGUUAGAGACAUGAAUUAAUUCUGAUUUUGUUUUGAAAUGUGUUUGUUUCUCUACAACUUUACAUGUUUAUUUGACUUAACAUGAGUUUU